GUUAAGUGGCGCUUUGGCCCAGAGGACUCACCACCCGCAGGAAGGUUUGGAGGGUUGGUAGGGUGCAGUGUGAUAAAAUCACAUUAAGAACACAUCUAGACAACAGAAGUUAAGCCUAAAGUCAAUUACUCACGCAAACACGUGACGUCACGGGACUGGCUUACGCCUCGUUCUUGAUAAACGCGGAUGAAGGUGCAGGCCAUUAUUAUUUGGACGUCGUUGAUUUGAACUUAUUCACCACCUUAGGAACUACAGCCUAGUCUCAGGUGUCGUCAUGGCUGCAGUAGAAGACGCCAACAUGGAUCUGAUGAAUCUGGAGGAGGAGCUGACCUGCAGCAUCUGUCUGAGCACCUUUGAAUGCCCGGUAACAAUCCCCUGUGGUCACAACUUCUGCCACAACUGUCUGUUCACUUCCUGGACCGACAGCUCCUUGACCUACAGCUGUCCUCAGUGUCGCACUGAGUUUCCCACCAAACCAGAGCUGAGGAAGAACACAGUUCUCUGCACCGUGGUGGAGACAUUCAACCUGAAGUCUACUGGCAGCCAGCUGAACCUCUACGAAGAGGAGAGUAAAGAAGAAGUCCAGGAGGUGGAGGAGAAGGAAGAAGAGACCAUCAUCCGCUGCGACACCUGUAUGUUAGCAGAGGCGUGUCGUACCUGUCUCACCUGUAUGGCCUCGUUCUGUGAGGAGCACCUGCGCCCCCACAAGGAAAACCCAAUUUUCCGUCCCCAUCAGCUGACGGAGCCUGUUGGUGACCUCCUGGAGCGCAUCUGUACAGACCACCACAAGCUGAUGGAGCUUUUCUGCACCCAGCACAACACUCCUGUCUGCAGCUUCUGCCUGCAACAAAACCACAAAGGCUGCUCCUUCACUUCGCCCGAGGAGCAGAGGAUGCUCAAGGAGUCCGACCUGAGAGCAAAGCUGGAUUUGCUGGAUGUAAAGAUAAUGAAAAACGAAGCUUGUAUAAGUCAGAUGACAGAGAUCCAGGACACGCUGAAGGAAGCAGCGGACAGCAAGAAGAACGCCCUGACAGCUGCAUACGAGCAGCUACAUGACAUGUUGACCCAAGAGGAGAAUGCUGCUCUGCAGGCUGUCGAUGCAGAGAUGCACAACGGUCAGAUUAAACUUAAAACCCUCAUGAAGAAGUUUUCUCAGAACGUUACCAACAUGAAUAAGGCCAAGAAGUCCAUCCACAGUCUGCUCAGCCGGACCCAGACACUGGACUUCCUUCAGGUUUCAUGUGAAUUACCUGCCGCUGUCAAAUUUGAACCCUACAGCCCUCGAAUCAACCUGAACUCCAGCACAGUGAUGGCCUACCAGGCCUUCCCUGCAGCUUUAAAGGAGUCUCUGACUGAGGUGUUCAAACAGCCUGUGGAGAGCAGACAGCUGCUGCUCAGACAAGGUCGGUCUGCAGAGCCUCAAGACAAGUCUGAACAGUCUCGACCUCCACACUCCCACAGCCCAGCUCCUGACGCACAGCCCAAAGCUGCAGGCACCAAGAAGAAGAAGCCACAGAGUGAGAAGAAACCUGCAGACAUUCCUCCAAAUGUAACAUCUGCUGAACAGAGGAGUCACCUCCUGAAGUAUGGAACUGUGUUGACCUUUGACCCAAAAACGGUCCACAAACGCAUCACACUGACUGAGCAGUUUACCAAAGCUACCGUGUCAGAGGAGAUGGCAAACUACCCCAACUACAUUCAGCGCUUCACUGUCUGCUCUCAGGUGCUUGCCUCAAAGGCUUUCUCUAAAGGGCGCCACUACUGGGAAAUCCGGCUGAGCUGCAACAACUUCAUUGGCCUAGGUCUGGCUCUUGGCAGCAUUGAUCGUAAAGGGCCCAACAGUCGCCUGGGCCGCAACGCCCAGUCCUGGUGUGUGGAGUGGUUCAAUGUGAAACUGUCAGCCUGGCACAACAGCAUGGAGGUGGUCCUGCAAAACCCCAGCCCGAAGCGCGUAGGUGUGCUGCUGGACUGUGAUGCUGGAAAGGCCACCUUCUAUAAGGUGGCUGAGAUGGCGUAUCCAUUCUUCACCUUUGACAUUCCCAUCACCGAGGCAGUGUACCCAGCCUUCUGGCUUUUCUCAAGUAGUUCCUCCCUCUCUCUGUGCAAGCUGCAGCAAUGAGAACAUGUUCAUUCAACACACACACACACACACACACUGGGUCACGUUACUGUAUGACAUGAUGUAAAACAUGCCAGUACAACUUUUUUGUAAAAGACUAAUGAAACAUGCCUUAAUUCCAGGCUGAUGACUUUUGUUCUUGAUGAAAUGGUAAAACAUGACCCCACCUAAAUGUCAGCACUGUUGCCUAUGGUAACUGUACUUGUACUGGUGGAUUCACCCACUCACUGGGUCAGAAUCAUUGAUCAGGUCCACAUGUCACUCAGAGCCUGACUUCAGUGUUUGUUGUGUUCAGGGAGUUAGCAGGUAUAUCCAUGUGUUUGUAUUAUAUUAAUAACACCUCCGAGCUACAAAUGAACUAAUCAAAUAUACUGUUUACUUUGGGGUUCAGCUUCUCUGUGUGGAGUCAAAAUUUGAUUGACAUGUGACAUCACACCUGACUGAGGUUUUGGUGAAUGUUGUUCAAAUGUUUCUAUUGGUGCCAGACUGGCUGGAACACCAACAGUUUGAUCGUGUGUGUGUGAGACAGCGAAGCAUUAAUCUGCGAUUCUGCUCAAUCUUUCUGCUCAAUCACAUGUCGUUAACUAAUUAAAAACAAAAAGCAUGA